AUGGGAAAUUGUUUUAGUAAUUCCAGACCAGAAGAUGACCUCCGUUCCCAUAAUGGUAUAGGCCCUGUUAAAGAACAGCAAAAGAAAAAUCAUAAAAAUCCAUUCAAGCAAAACCAAAAAAGCAAAUAAGUAAAUCAAUCUCCAAUUGGCAAAAGUGAUUAUCUUGAACAGUUUAAUCAAGGCAAGUUUACAUUUGAGCCGAAUGGAAAGCAGCCUAUACAUUAAGUUGUCGGAAAUGAUAUCUCUGAUAAUGGAGUAUCAUUUGGAGGAGCAAAUAGACUAUAGGAGAAUCACUUAAGUUUUAAUUAAGUCGAUGGUUUAUCAAAAUUUUAAAAGAGUUUCUAUAAUCAAGGACGAGAUAGUACAAUCAAAGAAUAGCCAUCGGAGGAAGAACUUCAGUGA